UCCUUCACCCCCACACCAAACCAAGCUAUGGCUUCCUGUAUUUCUGUUUCAAGUAGCAUCCCUUUAGCUGCCUCCUCUUUCUUGCCUUCCUUCCCGAAAACUAACCGAGUUUCCAGAAUUAAAAAGCCAAACCGUCUCGAUAUCCCGAUUGUUUCUUGCAAAUCAGGCAAGAAUGAUCACGAACAAAACCCUGCCACCAGAAGAGAUCUGCUCAUUGGUCUCGGUGGACUCUAUGGAGCAACUAGACUUAGUGAUCCAUUUGCCUAUGCUAACCCCAUUGCACCCCCAGACUUAACCCAAUGUGAGCUCGUUACCCUGCCAUCCGAAAGUAAUCCCACGAACUGUUGCCCUCAAACUUCCACAAAGAUCAAAAACUUCGAAUUCCCUUCUGCGUCCUCCCCAAUGCGCAUUAGGCCUGCUGCUCAUUUAGUUGAUAAAGCCUACGUAGCUAAAUACGCCAAAGCCAUUGCACUGAUGAAAAGUCUUCCUGACGAUGAUCCACGUAGCUUCAAGAACCAAGCUAACGUUCAUUGUGCUUAUUGUGAUGGUGCUUAUCACCAAGCAGGCUUUCCUGAUUUAGACCUUCAAAUUCACUUCUCGUGGCUCUUCUUUCCAUGGCAUAGAGCCUAUUUAUACUACUUCGAAAGAAUCUUGGGUAAACUGAUUGAUGAUCCAACUUUCGCUUUGCCUUUCUGGAAUUGGGAUGCCCCUGCCGGCAUGCAAAUGCCAGCCAUUUUUACUGACCCCCAAUCACCACUUUAUGACCCCCUUCGCGACGCGAAUCACCAACCUCCGACACUACUUGAUCUUAAUUACGCCAAAGGAGAUGCGAAUCCAGACCCUGCAAAAGCAGAGGAAUUGUAUGCAAGCAAUCUUAACGUAAUGUACAGGCAAAUGGUGUCCGGUGCCACGAAGCCUACUCUCUUUUUUGGAAAACCAUAUCGUGCUGGUGAUGAUCCAAGUCCUGGAAUGGGUACAAUUGAGACCACCCCACACACUGAGAUUCACAUCUGGACCGGCGACCCCAAUCAAACUAAAGGGGAAAAUAUGGGCAAUUUCUACUCUGCAGGGAGAGAUCCUAUAUUUUACUGUCAUCACUCGAACGUCGACCGAAUGUGGGACUUGUGGAAGAAAAUACCUGGAGGCAAGCGAAAGGAUAUCGAGGAUCCUGAUUGGCUUAAUUCAGAGUUUCUUUUCUGGAAUGAGAAUAAAGAGCUGGUUCGAGUAAAGGUUAAAGAUACUCUUGACACCAAGAAGCUAAGAUAUGGCUUUCAAGAUGUUCCUAUUCCUUGGCUGAAAACUAGACCAACACCAAAAUUAACAAGGCAGGAAAAAUUACGUCGUGCAGCUAAAAAAAGCGUUGUAUUAACACCAAUUAGUGCAUUCCCUGUUGUCUUGGAUAAAGUCAUAAGUGUGGAGGUUUCCAGGCCAAAGAAAUCAAGAAGCGCAACGGAGAAAGAAGAUGAAGCUGAAGUUCUAGUUAUUGAAGGGAUUGAGUAUGAAGAAAAUCAAUUAAUUAAGUUCGAUGUCCUCGUCAACGAUGAACCUGAUUCACCUGGUGGACCGGACAAGUCCGAGUUUGCGGGAAGUUUCGUCAAUGUGCCUCACAAGCAUGCAAAAAAAUCAAAGACAAAUCUGGUAUUGGGGAUUACAGGAUUGUUGGAAGAUCUGGAAGCUGAAGGAGAUGAUACCCUUGUGGUGACUUUAGUGCCUCGGACUGGUGGUGAUUUUGUUACCGUUGCUAAUGUCAAGAUUGAGUUUGUUGCUGACUGAUCAUGGUGAUGAGAGGACAUAUGCUUACCAUUUUCUUUUCUGUUCUAUUUUUCCCCGUUUGCCUUCACUUGUUUUUCUCUUUCUAUGUUAGUAUUCAGUGAGUUUUCUCCUUUUUCUUUCAAGAUGCUCAUCUAAUGGACCGUAUUUCAAUUUAGAUACUACAAUGGUUUCUUA